AUGCAAGGGGUCAGCUGCUGCAAGUACAACUCAUCCGCGUCGUACAGCCUGUCGUACAUGACCUCGCCGUACCGGGAUGCCGUACCCUCCGAUGCCCAGCUCGUACUUCCCUGCCAGAGAGAGGGUGACAUCAUGGGGAUAGCUCUGGGGGGGUUCAACCUGGUGGGCGAGCUGCCCAAGGCCGCCCUGGAGCGGUUGCAACUGCAGGUCGUACUGCUAGCGGACAACCCUGGUCUAUACGGCGCUUUGCCACGUGCCGUACUGGAGGCCGACAACCUUAUCUUGGUUGACACGCGUAACACGUCUCUAACCUGCGACAUCGCCGUCGCGAGACCUGUACUUGGCGGCAGUAGCAGCGCCGCGGAUGCCGCCUGCGGGCUGCCUUCUGGAUAUGCCUUUGCGGCGUUGGGGGCGGUUGAGUCUGGUGGAACCGAUAGACAUACAAAUAGACAUACAGAUACAAAGAAUUCGCCAGAAUCGGGUGUUACCCUGUACCUCAUAAUAAUUAUGUAUAGUAAUCGAGGUGGCCGGCGGGACAGGGGGGCUGAAGCCGCCGCCACGGUGGCGGCUGUGGCGAUGGCGGCGCCGUCGUGGCUCGAUGCCCUCCUUUCCCAGCAGCCGCAGCCGCCGCCGCCGUCGCAGCAGCCAACGGCGGCGGCGGCGGCAGCGGCCGUAGGUUCCGCUGCCGCCGUUUCCUCGGCCACACUUUUUCUAUCGUCCCCUGGAUUUUGGCUCUACCAGUCGUGUGUUUGCGUGGGUUUACCGGGGGACUUGGCGGCGGCUUCGGUGCCGCCGACACUGAGAUGGGCUGACGUCAGCGGCGCUGGCGGUGCCGUUGGCAGCACCAGCGGGAAGGUGCUUCGGGCGACAUGCCGAGCGAACGGCACAUCGGAGGAUGAGGUGCCGUCAGACGAUAAGGGCGGGGGGGGCAUCAGGCCAGCGGUCUUUGGCGGCGCGCUCGCCGCCGUUGGCGUCGUCACCGCCGCCGCCGCGGCCGCCUGCACUCUGUGCUUCGCCGUACCACUGCUUCGUUCGGGGAGAGUACUGCGGCUGUUAUCAGUGUACGGCAUGGCAGCCGGCGUCGCCGAUGGUGGCGGCGGCGGUGGCGACACGCGGGGUUCACGAGGCUGGAUGGCGGCGGCGGCGGCGGCGGCGGCGGCCCGCGCGGUUUCUUCCUCUGGGCGGCUUUCUGUCGAUAUAUCGGAUGCAGACGAGGCACCAGAGACACGAGGUUCGGCGGGCGGCGGCGGCGGCGGCGGAGAGCAUGCAACGCGCCGUCGCAUGGCAGCGCUUGGGAACAAGGUUGGCGGCGGUGGCGGUGGCAGUACGACAGGGGCAGUGUCGAGUCCGCUGCAUCGGAACUCGAGACGGACCUCCCUGAAAGCGUCCGGUCCUCUUGGCAGCAUGGAUGCGAAGAGGGCCCAUGCGCCGGGUUUCGGAGCAUGCGGCGGACAAGAGGUCACGUUAGUGGCGACAGAUGUGGAGGGAAGCACGGAGCUGUGGGAGUGGCAGCCUGAUGUCAUGAACUACGCUCUGGCCCUACAUGACCGGCUCAUGCGCCUCACCAUCGCCACGUGCUGCGGCUAUGAGAUCACCACCGAGGGCGACGCCUUCCUGGUCGCCUUCCACGACCCCGUGGAUGCGGUUCGUUGGGCGCUGCUACUGCAGUCGGCACUGCUGAAAUUGGACUGGCCGCCGCUACUGCUGGAACACCCGCUAUGCAGGCCGCGGCCGCUGGUGCCAGUAGCGGCGGCGCCGCCGACGGCGGCGCCGGCAGGAGGCGCCGGCGGUGCCGCAGCUUCCUCCUCUGCUCCGCUGUUGGUGCUGUUCAAGGGAUUGUCAGUGCGGAUGGGCAUCGCGACAGGUGUACCGUCAUCUGUACGGGAACACCCUGUGACGCGGCGUAUGCAGUACACUGGUGCCGUACUGCGGCUGGCAACGGGCAUUGCGGAGCUUGGUUCGGGUGGUCAGAUUCUCGUGGAGCCGAUGACGUUCAAGGGCAUCCACAACAAGAUUGAGGAGCUGGACGUUGUGGAGGCCGAGGUGCAGGAGCUGGCGGGUAGGUCGAUGCAGGCGGGAUGUUGUCGAGCCCCAGCAACAUCAAUAUCAACAUCAUCAUCAUCAUCACAAGAGUUCCCAGCGGAGCUCCCAAACCACCACCGCCACCACCAACACAAGCGGCGGCGGCGCCGCCUACGCCGCCUGGCGGACAUGGCCAUACCAGGUGGUUUGGCGGCGGGUACGACACUGGGGGGGGAGUGCACUGGUGUACUGCCGGCCUGGGCGCCUUCGUGGCACUUCCAUAACAAUCAGCGGACGCUGCUCCUGAUGCGGAAUUCGGGAGCCCCCGCAGCCGCCAGCAGUCACAAUAACGCUUCGGACUGGAACAACAGCCUGAUGGCGUCUCGCUACAGCCUGCUUAGCCACAUCCAAACCAUGUCGUGCAGCAACGGCUCGCGGUCGGGGCAUAAUGGCGGCGGUGGAGGCGGCGGUGGCCCGGGGGGCCCAGCGGCGGGGCAGGGCAAUGCGGGGCAUGGAGGUUCUUCCGGCGCGGCGGUGGUUAGCUCCCAGUCCAGCAGUAUGAUGCUGCAGCGGUCCACAUCACUACACGGCAUGGGGAUACAGGGGUCCCACCGCAAUCUAGCGGAAAACAGCGCCACCUUUGGCGGCACAUGGCGGACCGUCGGCGGACGACAGGUGCUGGUCAGCGCGCCGCAGGCGGAGUUUCCGGGGCCAGCAGAGGUGGCGGCGGCGGCGGUGGCAGCGGCGCCAGAGGGGCAGCUACAGCCAUCCCGUAUGGACUACGAGCCGAGCUUAGGGCUGCAACAUGGCAUGCCGCCGGGGCUGCGUGGCGAGCGCGCGUCGCCGGCAGCUGGUACGGCAAACGUGGUACGCAGCGGCGGCGCACAACAGACGUCAUUGUUGUGCAGUGGCGAUACUACUGCGGUAUGGCCGCCGUGGUCGGGCAUGAGUACACCGGCGCCUCCGCCGGCAGCGGCGGCUGUGGCGGCGGCAGCGGCGGGGUCCACGUCAGCGUCAUCAGCGUCAGGGGGAAGCGCUCCGACGCCGCCGGGCCGGGCCCAACUGUCAGCGGAUGCCCGACCGCCGCUGACGACUGUGCCGUCCCCGCCACCGCUGCCAGCUGCCGCUGCAGGACGGGGCCCUGGGCCUUUGUGCGAAGGCGUGCACAGGGGUGACGACGAUGAAGAAGUCCUUGACGGGGCUCGGCUGUUCCGCGGCGAUGACUUAGGCGGCGCCGCUGCCGUGGUCGCGGCGCCUGCUGCCGGGCACGACUAUGGCGACAGCGGAGGCGCCGUGGCAGCCGUACCGCGGCUCGGUUCUGCAGACGCCGCCACGGCCGCCGGAGCAGACAUAACCAGAGAGGUAGCUGGGGACAUACAUACAGUUAGACAUUUGCAGCACCAAGCAGCGGAGGCGACGGACGUCGCCGCCGCCGCCGCCGCUGCCGUACAGCUCAACACCGGUUCGCAGUCCAUGGUCGUCUUCAGCGGCCGCAACGCCGCGCGGGGCUCUGCCGUAUCUGCGACGCUAGGCCUGCCACGGCUCAUACCUGCCGGCGAUAGCACCCAUACUACGGAGGAGGAGGAGGAGAUGCUUUACGUAAUGCUUUUAGAAGGUCACGGAGGCUGGUCCGGGAACGGCCGGUCGGAAGGCAUUACGGCGAGCAACGGCGUCAAUGCGGAUGCGGCUAUGAGUGCCGGUGCUGGUACGGCAGGUUUUAGCAGCGGCAGUAGAAGCCUGCAGGUCUACUCGCCGGGAGUUGGCAAGGCUGCCGUACCAUCGCCAUCGUACAAGUUGUCACCAGCUGGGGAGCUUGGACGGGUUCAGGCUCCGCCCUUGCUUCAGGCCGUCGGCGGCUCUAUCGCCGCCGGUGCCAUUACAACCGCCCUUGGUUUCGGAUCCGCGUUUCUGGCUGGUACGCCUACUGUUGGCGGGAACAUGAACACGGGCACGUUUGGAUCCUGGAUCCUGCAGAAUCCGGACGCUGCGGUGGCGGCGAGCGGCCGAUUGUCUAUGGAGCUGCAGCGCUUUACACUGCCGUCGAUGGAGACGGUGACGGGAUCCCAGGUCGGAAUAGAGUCCGUGGCGACGCAGGAGGAAGCCGUUGCAGGGGGGGGUGCAGAGUCCCCCGCUGCGGCGUAUGCCAAGGACAACAGCGCCGCCUCCGGCGGCGGCGGCGGCGGUGGCGGCGGUGGCGGCGGUGGCGGAUCACAUCGUGGCUUGCAUUUGUUCUUCCAGAGUGCUCCGCAACAGCGAGUGGCACGUCUCGUCCAGGCGGACUCCCUAGUUGCUUGUGAAGAUCCAGGAUCGGAUCAGAGCCGGAGUGGCGGCGGUGACGGCGGUGAUGGCGGCGCCGCGGCGGGAUCGGCUAUGUCGCCACGGGCUUCUCUUGCCGCCGCCGCCACUGCCGCUGCCACUGCCGCUGCCACUGCUGCCGCCGCCGCCGUCGUUGGCAGACUGCCCAUCGAACCCACAACUCUGUUGCACCUUUCCCCUGGCGGCGGCGGCGGCAAUCCGCUGCCAGUGAUCAGCGCGAGCAGCGAGGAUGGCUUUGACGGCGGCAGUGAUGGCGGUGGUCGCGGUGGGGACGGCGGCCUGGUUGCACGCCCCAGGGAGGGCGGCGGCGGUGGCGGCGGCGGUGGCGGCGGCGGCCCCCCAACAUCGAUGCUGUCCCCUAUGUCCGUGCCACCGUCAGCUCCUCUUAGCCGAAAGAUCCGUGCCGUACAGCGCUCCGCGGCAUCCUGGACGGCGGCGGCAAUCCACCGACGGAACCCCCUCAAGGACGCUGCAGGGACACAAGGGAAAGCGCAAGUCGGGGCCGCGGCGGUCAACAGGACCAACAGCCUCGGAGGCGGCGGCAGCGACGGCGGCGGCGCCGCUGGGCCUCCAGCGGUGAUGGCGGCGUGUGGCCUGGGGCCUGCUGUCGGAUCUGCAGGACCGGUCGAGUUUUCCUUCGCAUUUUCCAGCACAGGGACGGGGCCGCAUCGGCCGAAAGGCAUCGGGCCGGCCGCGGCGGCGCCGCCGCCGCCGCAGCCACUGCCGCUGCAGCAUUUCACGGCGCCUGGUGGCCGCCUGCGCAACAUCUCUAACGGAGGUCGUGCCUCCGUCAUGGCGGCUCCAUUUGCCGUCGAGUUCGCACCCAGCGGCGACUUCUGGACAGUAGGGGCUAGUACGGCAUCGCAUCGUCCGACGGUUCACGUGGCGGAGACGAUUAGUGCAUUGCUGCCGUACGAGGAGUCGCCGCCGCUGCGGCGGCGUAGCCUUUGCAAUCCCGGGCAUAGCGGAAGCGGUGGUUCGGCAGGAGGAGGUACGGCAACCCAGGAGCGGCACAGGCUGGCGAGUACGUCGACGGCAGUGGAUGCAGGGCCGACCCCGUCGUCGGUGGCGGCGACGGCAACGACGACCGCGACGGCGACGGCGGCGGCUGCUCCGGAAGUAUCACCGCCGGUCGCCCUCUCCCCAAAAUUGCUUGGGGAUCAGGCAGCAGUGGGUCUCAACGCUGCACUGGCGGUGCCCAUGUCCGCCGCAGCGCUUCACAACAACCUCGCGCCGCCGGCGGGGCAACAGGACCCAGCUUCAACGCAGCCGCUGCCGUUACCGUCCGUACGGUACCGUACAGUACCUCACGCCACCCUUAAUUACACCAGCUGCGGUUCCCCUGCCAGCCCCGGUUCUUACGAGGCGCGAUCCGCAGAGGAAGGGACCAGCCAUGAAGCCGCCGCCACCGCCGCUGGCCGACCCACCGCCGGUACGACAGGGGGAGGUCCGUCAGGGCUUGGACACGGGCUCAUACCGAUGGCACCAGCGGGACAUGGCGCGGCGACGUCGUCGAGCUCGUUGGCUGUACUGCAGUCUCCGUUGGCGGCGGCAGUGGCGGCGGCUGCCGCCGCCAACGGUUCUAACGCGGCGGCGGCCGCCGCCGCCGCUACCUACGUCCCGAGCCAUGCGGUACGGCCGGUAGAUGAUGGUGGCGGCGGCGUGCUACUGCCGUCCAUGAUGCCAACUGCAGCGGCGUACUACAGUGUAUCCGGCGACGAGGGCCUUACGACGCCGUCGAACUGGCAGGGAGAUACGGCCUAUCAGACUAUACCCAGCACCGUUGGUCUUUUAGGUGCGCUGCAGCUGCUUGGCCCGCCCGGGCAAGCGCCGACUAUCUCAAAUGCCUCAGCCGCCGCCGCCGCCGCAGCAGCAGCAGCAGCAGCAGCUGCCGCCGCUGCUCACACACACAGCACACAAUCACCUCUGCACACUCUCCAGCAUCAGCACCUCAGCCAGCACUCCCACAAGCUAGCGCUGCUGGGAGGCCCACUUGGCAAUCCCAAAGUUCUAGCGCUGCGUGAGAUGCUGGGGCGCGAGGGCGGCAUCACGUCGCUUGCCAACCACGCCGCAAAGCAGGCAAAAGAUUUGGCGGAGGACGAUCCCCUGGAGCGUGAGGAUGUGCCGUUCGAUCCCGAGUCCCAGCUCGAAGAGCCCAUGGCGCGGAAGGCAUGUUCCGCCAACAAUAUCCCCCAAUUGGAGGUUGGAGAGCCUAAUAGCAAUACCAAGACCAAGGAGACUGUCAGCAGGCAGCUCUCAGGAAGCACAAUACUUGGAUGGGGUGAAAUACGUUCGGCGCCGCGGCAGGUGCCGCCCUCGACGUUGCUUUCCAAAGCUCUGCGACCCGACGCAGUGCCUGAGCGGCCUGAAUCCGAAGCGGACGCCGCCGGCUCACCCCCAGCACCUCUGCCAGCGGAAACGGCCAGGGCCACGGCCGCAGCGCCGGCGCCGGCACCGUCCAUCCGAGCCCACCACCUCCUCCGCUCGACCGCUGCUGCUCCUCGUGUGACUCGGCAUAGUAGCCCCAGGGUUCCCCAGCGCCGAAGCCACGAGGCCACGCGGCAUGGAAGUCAUCUGCUGGAAAUUGAGCUUAUGACCGAAUCCAACAACACAAACUGUGCUCCAACAGAUCGUGAAGUAACCAGCAGCGGCGGUACUGCCGCCGGCAGCGGUGGAGGUGCCGCCAGCAGCAGCGGGGGCGCCACCGGUACCACGGCUGGGGGCGGCGGCGGCGGCGGCGGCGGCGGCAGCUUUCUCGGCGUACUCUCGAUUCCGCGCCUUACGAACCUGGGUCGGGAAAGCCGAGAUGUGGUUAGUGGCGGCGGUGUUGUCAGUAGGCCAGGGGGUUCUGGGGGCUCAUCACAACAGUUCAAGCACAUGGUUAAGCGGACGAAGAGCAGAAGUGCGCUAAUCAGGAGCUUGGCACAUAGGCAGAGCAGCUCGCACCGCCAGGUGCUGCACCCGGGUAGCCUCAAGGCCUCAUCAAUAACGGAUCUGGACGAUGGGGCCCGAGCGCAGGACGACAGCAGCAACAGCAGCCCUCCACGGACAUUCAGCUACCCAAGGUACUCAAUGACGCACAAGCGCGAGGAAGAGGACGGGCCCGGGGGCGGCCGCGGCAGCCGCAGUCACGCAGCACACGGCGGUCACGGGCACAGCCACGGCAGCGGCGGCGUCAUUGGCCUUGGGGCCGCCGCCGCCGCGGCGGCUGGGUACCAUCCGCUGGUCGUUAUUGAUAUGGGUGUGCACAGCUUGGCGGUACCGGCUUUGGACAUGAUGUACGGCAAUUUGUACGACGGAGUGCAGGUGAUCCAGCUGCUUCCCGCACACCUCAAGCACCGAGCCGCCUACCACCCGCCACUCAAGUCACAGGCGCAGCUGGCGCCAGGGUUCUUUGAUGCACCAGGCGCAGCGCAGCCGCCCUCCUUCCCGAGGCUGUCGCUCAUGUUCAUACAGCCCGCCGGCUACUCCGCAGUCGCCAACGCCAACCUCGAGGUCGCAGAGCGCAGCGGUGCUGUAUUUUGCGCCGCUGUACGGGAAUUGCUGCAGAUGUACGGCGUGUACGAGUGCCAGGAGUACGAAUGCACGUUCAUGGUAGCGUGCAACGGUCCACGAAUUGCGGCGGAGACCGGGCUGGCGCUGCAAGAGUGGCUGCUGCUGGCUGAUUGGCCAUCUGACCUCCUCGAUGAGUUCGAGUCGGGUCGUGUUGUUCUGGGCCCCAGUGGCCGGGCCCUCUUAAGGGGCUUCCGUGCCAAGGUGGGUAUCUUCACGGGCGUCCCCUUAUCCGUGGUUCCUCACGCCACCACGGGACGUGCAGACUACUUCGGCGCCAUAGUCAACCGGGCAGCAAGACUGAUGGCGGGGGCCAAGGCAGGACAGGUGGGAAGUGAUGCACGCAGCAGCCGCCUGACGCCUCUGGCGCCGCUGGCCGGUCCAGCGCCGCUCCGGGACCCACGGGUCCGUGGUACCUCUUUGGUAACUGGACAGUCCCCGCUAAUGCACCGAGGCAGUACGAACGGCAGCAGCCUGACAUACAGACCGACAGGCAUCCCCAUCGCCGCCGCUGCCUGCGGCACUGGGCCUGCAAGCGUCUACCGUACGACGAACAGCGGCAGCGGCGCCUUCGGACUCGCCAAGUUGCCAUCUGCGCCGCCGGCGCCACCGCCAGCGGCUGCGCUGCAGCUGGCGCCGUCGUGGCUCGUACCGACAUCAUUGCCCGGCUCCGACGCCGCCGCUGCUGCCGCUGCUUCCAGAUUACCUACUGGCGGCGGCGGCGGUGACCGUGGCGCCGCCAGCAUUUCCGACGUGUCGGAGGUUGGCGGCGGCGGCGGUGCUGGCGGCAGCGGUGUCGGCACCGCCGUUGCGGCGGCGGCUGCGGCGAGCCUGGCGGCGGCGUGCGCCCCUCCGAUCUUGAACGAUUCCGAAGGCCGUACCCCUGCCUUGCCGCAGGGCGCCGCCUGCCUCGCGCCGGCGGCGGCGGCGGUGCUUGCGGCGGCGCCAGGUAAGGCCUCCUUGGUGCCACGUGCCGUACAGGUGGUUGACCUUGGAGAAUUUAAGCUCAAGGGGUUGCCGCGGGGUCAGCCAGUGGUGGCGUUACAGUUAAGAAGGAUGCGCGGGCAACCUGGAGAUGCUUUGUUGCAGCAGGAGGAUAUUGGCGGCGGCGGCGGCGGCGGCGGCGGCGGCGGCAAGGCGCAGCAGGUGCAGCGCGGCACCGGGCUCAUUGACGAAGUAGCGGUGUCGCUGGCGAUGCCGCCUGCUCUGCUGGCGGCAUGUACGGAUGAGGACGUCGACGCGCCAUGA